AUGUACAGUCAGGUGAAGUAUCACCACAGAAACGUGGAAGAAGCAUUAGAUAAAGUGGAAAAUGGAUUCAAAGUUGCUUAUAGUCAUUUUUUAAGUCUGUACGAUAGAUAUUGCCAGACAACAGUUGACAACGUAAAUGGUCGAAUCGCACAUAUGCUGGAAAAAAUAUUCACAUUUGGAAUUGGGAUUAUCUUCAUCUGCAUACAACUUAACUUAACAUUAAUGAUUGCAAUUAUUACGAUGAUUUUCAGUCUGAUAAUCACUGGAAAAGGAGCACUAGAACAAGCUUCCACAUCAGCAACGAAUGCGCAAGCAACUGCUCGAAAAAUGGUAUCCGAUUUGUCUGGAAAAGUGCAGUAUGUCUCACGAGUUUCAACAGAAAAAGUUGAACAGCAAGCGAAUCGUCUGCUAGAUCAAGCAAAUAAGGUAGCUCACUCAGCUCUAGGUGUGGCACUGGAAACGGAAGAUAAUGAUAAAACACUAUGGAGUCGUUUUCACGAUCUUGGCAGCCGUAUUUUAGAAACUUCUAAGAAUCGAGCUGAGAGCGAUAUACUUCAUCGGUCUAAAUGUGAAGCAUAUAAGGUCAUGGAAUCGUUGUGUAAUUCACUUUCUCUGACUGACAAAGUCCGUAAAAACAGAACUUGGGUUGCUGGAAAGGUUGGAGAAUUUCGAACAUCAUUAGAUGAUCUGAAAGACUUGCUGGAAAAGGAAGCAAAAGUAUUGAAAAAGAAUCCAGAGGAAAUCCUGAUGAAUUAUUUGCAAAGAAAUAUAUGGAUGUUGCCUGAUAGACUUCAUAUAUUAGCAGAGACAGGUAGUAAGGUAUUGAAUGAGCAGUCUACGAACAGACUUCGCUCUCUAAUCUCAUAUAUUGAAAAACUGAACAAGAAACUUGCACAAGUUGAUAAUGUGCUUGAAUUGAAGGAUGAAGUCCUCAAUGAAGCAUAUGAUCGUCUCACGGAUUUAUUGCAGUGGUUCGUAGAUCAUUCAGACUGUAGCGAUUAUACCGAGAAUUUAAAAUCAUUUAGUAAUGAUCAUACUGACUAA